UGCUGCCGGCACCCGGCCAUUUCCCAGCACACCCCAGCCUGGGACAUGGUGGUCUCAGCCCUUCUGCUGCAGAAAGGCAGUUUUUUGGCUCUCAGGGACACAAAUGUCCCCACGUCCUUUGUUCCCCCACACCCCCUUGGCACCAGCAGCCCUUUGGCAGUGGGGGAGCGGAGGCGGGAGGUGCACAGCCCCUCGGUAACCCCACCCCACCUCAGUGCCUGGCACUGGGGUGCAGCUCUGGACCGUCCCAUCUCCCUGCAGCCCAAAAAGCCGACUUUAGCGGGGACUCCACGGCAGCCACCAUCAACCACUCGCUGACGCUGCUGCAGCGGCUGCAGGAGCUGCUGCAGAACGGCAACGGCAGCGACUCGGUGCUGCGGGUCCGCUCGGCCUCCUCCGACGAGCCCAAGGUGUUUCACACGCACCAGCUGCUGCUGAGCCUCCAGAGCGAGGUUUUCGAGAGCCUCCUGCGCAACCAGAGCGUCGUGACCCUGUACGAGCCGCCCGAGACCGCCGCGCUCUUCGAGAAGUUCAUCAGGUACCUGUACUGCGGGGGGGUCUCCAUCCUGCUGCACCAGGCCAUCCCCAUGCACCAGCUGGCCAGCAAGUACCGGGUCUGGGGGCUGCAGCGCGGCGUGGCUGAAUACAUGAGGACCCACCUGGCCAGCGAGUCGAGCCAGGGCCACGUGGUGGGCUGGUACCACUACGCCGUGCGCGUCGGCGACGCGGCGCUGCAGGAGAGCUGCCUCCAGUUCCUGGCCUGGAACCUGUCGGCGGUGCUGGGCAGCGCCGAGUGGGGCUCGGUGAGCGUGGAGCUGUUGCUGCUGCUGCUGGAGCGCUCCGACCUGGUGCUGCACAGCGAGCUGGAGCUCUACACUGCCGUGGAGGGCUGGCUGAGCCGCCGGCAGCCCGAGGCGCCCGUGGCCGAGCGGGUGCUGCGCUCCAUCCGCUACCCCAUGAUCGCGCCCAGCCAGCUGUUCCGGCUGCAGGCGCAGUCGGCGGUGCUGGCGCGGCACCGCGGCGCGGUGCAGGACCUGCUCUUCCAGGCUUUCCAGUUCCACGCUGCCUCCCCGCUCCACUUCGCCAAGUACUUUGACGUCAACUGCAGCAUGUUCCUGCCCCGCAACUACCUCGCGCCCAGCUGGGGCUCCCAGUGGGUCAUCACCAACCCGGCCCGGGACGACCGCAGCACCAGCUUCCAGACCCAGCUGGGGCCCAGCAGCCACGACGCCGGCAAGAGGGUGACCUGGAACGUGCUGUUCUCGCCGCGCUGGCUGCCCGUCAGCCUGCGCCCUGUGUACUCGGACUCGGUGGCGGGCGCCAUCCAGCCCGUGCGCAUCGAGGACGGGCGCCCGCGCCUCGUCAUCACCCCGGCCAUGAGCAGCCCCGACUUCGCCGGUGUCAGCUUCCAGAAGACGGUGCUGGUGGGUGUGCGGCAGCAGGGCCGCGUGCUGGUCAAACACGCCUACAGCUUCCACCAGAGCUCGGACGAGGCGGCCGAUUUCCUGGCGCACGCCGACCUGCAGAAACGCACCUCCGAGUACCUCAUCGACAACUCCCUGCACCUCCACAUCAUCAUCAAGCCUGUCUACCACUCCCUCAUCAAGGUGAAGAAGUAGCGAGGCACAGCUGGGUCCUGCCAUGCUGGCCCCAGCACCAUGGGGGGAACGCUUGGUCCCGUAGGUAGAUGGGGGUCCCCUCACUGGGGGGCUCCAGGGCUGUGCUCUGCACUGCCCACCCCUCCCUGAGUGUUCCCCUGCCACAUCCUGUCCCCAUCGCUGUCCCUGGGGAUGGAGGAUGCUGGGAGCGCCCCAGACCCACGUAGGGGGUGCAGGAGGUGAAACGUGCAGCCCAUGGGCACAUCAGAGCCCCCAGUGGGUGCGGGAACAGGGACAGAGACAGCCCAUCCUUCCUGUGAGGCAGCCCCGGGGUCCCUCUGCGUGGGCAGCCGGGUCCAGCUCAGGAGCUGCCCAAUCUGGGGGUGAGGAGCCCAUCAGCCUCCCCCAGUGGAGGAGGGGUGGGGGGCAGCUGCCCCAUCCCUGUCCAGGUACCCCCACCCCUUUCCUAAUAAAGCAGAAAAUGAGCGUG